AUGAGGAAGCGAAGAAAGAGGGUUGUGUUUGGUCUACCUAGGAUCAAGUGGGGAGCCUUGACCAAAACCAGAGCACAUGACUUAGGAGAUAAGUUGCUGGCUCUAGGAGCAUGGAGGAGUAGUGGGGACGCGAGUAGUAUGUGGACCGCUACUGCGAAUUGCAUUAGGGAAGCUACUAGAGAGAAUUUGGGGGUCUCGAGGGACUCAUCUGGUGGACGUAAAGGGUAUUGGUGGUGGAAUACUAAGGUUCAAGUUACUGCGGCCAAGACCGCUACAUUUGAACGCUUGUAUGAAGAACUCAGAGGUAGAGGAAGGGAUAAAAAUGUGUACAGGCUGUCCAAGGUACGAGAAAGGAAGGCAUGUGACCCAGACCAAGUGAAGUGCAUCAGGGACGAGGAUAACAAAGUUUUGUUGGAUAAGGCACUUACUCGACGUAAAUGGCAGACUUAUUUCCAUAAAAUCUUGAACAAAGAGGGGGAUAGGAACAAUGAGCUAGGCAACUUAGAACACUCUGAAUGUCGUCAGGACUUUGGGCAUUGUAGGCGUAUAAGAGUCGAGGAUGUUGAGGGGGCUAUGCGUAAGAUGAGCAGCGGUAGUGCGAUCGGUCCUGACAAGAUCCUGGUAGAAUUUUGGAAGAGCGUGGGUAGCGUGGGCUUGGAGUGGCUCUCUAGGUUAUUUAAUAUUAUUUUUAGGAUGAAGAAGAUACCCGAAGAAUGGAGAUGGAGUACGAUGGUCCCGCUUUAUAAGAACAAGGGUAAUAUCCAAAGUUACAACAACUACCGGGGACGUUCGACUAUGGUAGCUAUUCAUCUUGUUAGGAGGUUGAUAGAGCAGUACAGGGAAAGGGAUUUACAUAUGGCAUUCAUUGACUUAGAGAAGGCUUACAAUAAAGUGUCAAGCGAGGUUAUGUGGAGAUGUUUGGAGGCUAGAGGUGUUCUUGUGGCUUACAUUAGGGCUAUUAAGGACAUGUAUGAUGGAGCUAACACUAGAAUGAGGACUGUGAACACUUCCCAACUAUAA